AAUAUUAUAUACAGAUAAUUUAAGGGAGAAGACAGAUAACGGCAAGCAAAAAUGUUUAUUGUCUCAUUCUUCGCUGAUGCUCUGCUCACAAACAUGACUGAAAUCGCUCAGUGGUCUCUCUUACAUGGCGCUGGGUCUUUUUGAAAAAACCUUUAAACAGUUUGUUUACUGAUCAGGUUUCUUGAUGCAGAUUUAGUAUAAUAAAUGAUUUAUUACAUGACAAGUCAAAAUUUUUGAGACUUGAUGAUUGAGCUAUGACACAUAUUUUUCUUUAAAAAACCUUACAGUAACGUCUUAGUUAAAUAGAUCAAAUUUUCAGUCUUGUUCAAAUUUAUUCUUUUUGCUGUUACAGAUGUUGUUUCAAAACAAGAGUCUGCUGAUAGAGAUCACUCGAAAACAGCAGGUAAAGAAAUGGAUUUUAAUCUCUGACCUGAGUCCUUAGUCAGUAAGAGCCCUUGAUGGGCCUUUGCCACAUGGCACCCAUUAAUUUUGUCCCGAGAAACUGAAGUAGCUUUAUUACCUGUCUAGCCUCGUUCGGAGAGGUUGAGAGUGGUAAAACAAAGCUUUUCAGUCUCUUGGGACAAUAAAAAAACAUUUAUAGAAAAUCAUCACAUUGUAUAGUGUUCAAAGAUAAAGUUUGUAAGAUUUUAUGGUAUUUAGUAUCCAACAGUGCUGGAUCCAGACCUUGAGAUAAGGGGGGCCCGGUCAUCCAGACCUUAGAUAGGGGGGGAGGGGAGCAGUCUCCAAAAACAUUUUUUUCUGCCAUUAAGGCCUCACCAUUUGGUAUAAAAAGUAGAGGGAGGCGUGGGCCCCCUGGGCUCUAAUCCCCUGGAUCCGCCACUGUCCGAUAUCCAAACCACCGUCACAGUUGUGAUCUUCUUUGUUUUCUGUUUAUGAAUUAUCAAUGAGUUUUAGAAUGGAUCUGUUUAAACUCUCUUGAAUAUCUUUUUUCAUGUCUUUGAUUUAAUAGUUUUUUACGGUUCUCGAAGUCUAGUGAAGGCAAACUGAAAUUCCGAUGUAAACACGCAAAUGGCAUUCAAAAUGCCUACAGUCCCAGUUUUUCUGUGGACAAACCUACUUGCCAUAAAAAUCUAAUUAAAUCAUUGCUAAAAAUACUUGUCCAAGUUUGCGGGAUAAUUUAGCGAAAUGAAAUGUAUUUUCCACUAUGGAGGAAUGUAGUGUGCAUUGUUUUGCAAAAGAGAGCAUAACGUCGUGACAGUGAAUAUUUUGUAACAUGGAGUCUUGGGUCUGUUCGUAGGUUAGGUAAUGAUCAAGCUUUAAAUUGUAAGGUUCAUUGUCUAGGCCACUUUUAUAUUGCCCAUAAUACACCUUGGUUGGACCACCCAUAAUUUGGCAAAGUACUGUUUCCUCUUUUUAAUUCCUAUGCAAAAUUUGCCUGGAGUGAGGCCGGGGGUACAAGGCGCGUAUUAUCAGCUGUAUCGUAUGUAGAAGUGGCGAAUUGCAUUUAAUUCAUAUAUGUCAAAUGAACGUUUCAGAUGGCAUAAUGCAUUAAUUAAACUGAUCUGAUCAUGCGCAGUUUCAUUUCCCGUGUUAGCAGAAAAAUAAUUUCUCAAACUUGUUCGUAAAGAGAAAACAAAGAAAAUCACAACUUACCGUGACGGUGGUUUGGAUAUCAGAUAACUUAUAUUAUCAUAAAAUUUUGCAAAAUUUAUAUAAAAUAAUCUUUGACUUUCUCCCAGAAUUGUACCAUAAAUGAUUGAUUAAGUGCCAUGUUACUUAUACGAGAGCAGCGCUUAUUUCAGCUAUGGGUAAAACACUGAGGGGAAUAUGGAGAGAAUUAAGUGAGGCGCGUACUUAGUAUGCACGAUUUAGUAUGAAAUAUGUUCACCUUUAACUCUUAGACCAACCUGGUUUCAAGAGUUUCUCUACAUUAAAACUUGAGAACUUACGAGUUGGUUGAAGUCCUAUUUCUCACGUGAUAUCAAGCACCAUAACAGAGGUGGGGCCUUAAUAUGUAAAUACCCAAAUUAGUACCACGGCGGUGCUUAUUCGCGUUCAUUAAAUUAUUUUUGCUGAAGGUGCUGCGCUUAAUAAUUAAUUAUAUAUUUAUGGUAGUUCAUUUGAGAAGCUACAUCAAAAACUCCACUCAGUAUUUCAUUCGAUAUCGAGACACGUGCACCUCAAAGUCGCUCUUUAAAAACUCGGCUACGCCUUGUUUUUCAACCCACUUCUCAGUGUCUGGAUAUCGGAUGAAACCAUGCCUGUCGUUUUUGAUAUAUUAGUUUCAAACUCGUUAAUUAUACCUGAUCAUACAGUCAAAAGCAAUUAAAUGAGAACCAUUCGGGUCAGGUGGAUGAAUCUUGAUACCACCACAUUUUCAUCUGAGGUGAAACAUGUUUUUCAUCUCAGAUCAAAGACUUGCAUUUUAAUAGUGUUUUAUUGAUUAACACAACUCAUGGAAACAAUGAAAAUACCAGUGAAAACAUUUCACUGCAUAAUUUCUUAUUGUUUCAUUUGAAAAGACAUCAUGGCCUCGCGCUAAUUCAUCUGUUUCUCGGUGUUUGGAACCCAUGAUGAAACACUCUCCCUUGUUUUUUACAUAUUACACAAAAAUCUCUAUAGUGUCUUAGUUAAUGUAGAUUCAGCAGGGUAAUGGAUGUUCAUUAAAAUGCAAAAAUAAUAGUUUGGUACUAAAAAUGCUCUGACACUUGCAUAUGUGUUUUUCAAUAAUUCCCCUCAACGUCAGCAAAUACAGUGACUUGUAAAUUUUCAGUCUUGUUCAAAUUUAUUCUUGUUACUGUUACAGAUGUAGAUGUUACUGUUACAGAGUCUGCUGAUAGAGAUCACUCAAAAACAGCAGGUAAAGAAAUAGAUUAUAGUCUGUGAACUGAGUCCUUAGUCUGUAAGAGCCCUUGAUGGGCCUUUGUCACACGGCGCCCAUUUUGUCUUGAGGGUGGUAAAACAAAGCUUUUUCAGUCUCUUGGGACAAUAAUAAAACAUUAUUUUAUAAAAAAUCAUCACAUUUCUGUUCAAAGAUAAAGUUUCCAAAAUUUUAUGGUAUUUAGUAUUCGACAGUGCCGGAUCCAAACCUUGAGAUAAGGGGGGCCCAGUCAUCCAGAACUUAGAUAGGGGGUGGGGGGGAGUGGUCUCCAAAAAUUUUUUUUCAGCCCUUCAGGCCUUAUCAUUUUGGUCUAAACAUAAGAGGGAGGCAUGGGCCCCCUGGGUUCCUCCCCUGGAUCCGCCACUGUCCGUUAUCCAAACCACCGUCACAGUUGUGAUCUUCUUUGUUUUCUCUUUAUGAAUUAUCAAUGAGUUUUAGAAUGGAUCUGAUUAAGCUCUCUAGAAUAUCUUUUUCAUCUGUUUGAUUUAAUAGAUUUUUUACGGUUCUCAAAGUCUAAUGAAUGCAAACUGACAUGCCGAUGUAAACAUGCAACUGGCAUUCAAAAUGCCUACAGUCCCAUGUUUUCUGAGCAUUGCGAGUGUGGACAAACCUACUUGCCAUAAAAAUCUAAUGAAAUCAUUGCUAAAAAUACUUGUCCAAGUUUGCAGGAUAAUUUAGCAAAAUGAAAUGUAUUUUCUACUACGGAGGAAUGUAGUGUGCAUUGUUUUGCAAAAGAGAGCAUAACGUCGUGACAGUGAAAAUUUUGUAACACGGAGUCUUGGGUCUGUUCGUAUAGGUUAGGUAAUGAGCUUUAAAUUGUAAGGUUCAUUGUAUAGGCCACUUUUAUAUUGCCCAUAAUACACCUUGGUUACAACCCAUAAUUUGGCAAAGUAUUGUUUCCUCUUUUUAAUUCCUAUGCAAAAUUUGCCUGGAGUGAGGCCGGGGGUACAAGGCGUGUAUUAUCAGCUGUAUCGUAUGUAGAAGUGGCGAAUUGCAUUUAAUUCAUAUAUAUAUGUCAAAUGAAGGUUUCAGAUGACAUGGUGCAUUUAUUAAACUGCUCUGAUCAUGCGCAGUUUCAGUUCCCGUGUUAGCAGAAAAAUAAUUUCUCAAACUUGUUCGUAAAGAGAAAAUAAAGAAAAUGACAACUUACUGUGAUGGUGGUUUGGAUAUAUAUGAGAUAACUAUUUAUAAAAAUUUUGCAAAAUUUAUCUUUGACUUCUCUAAGAAUAAUGUACCAUAAAUGAUUGAUUAAGCGCCGCGUGCUUAUAUGAGAGCGGCGCUUAUUCGAGAGCAGCACUUAUUUCAAUGGGUAAAACAGUGAGGGGAAUAUGGAGAGAAUUAAGGGAGGCGUGUACUUGGUAUGCACUAUUCUGUAUAAAAAUUCACCUUGAACUCUUAUAUGAACCUAUUAAUUCUUAAGUGAUACUAAGCGCCAUAGCAGAGGUGGGGCCUUAAUAUGUUAUAAAAAACCCAAAUUAGUGCCGCGGCGGUGCUUAUUCGCAUUUGUUAAAUUAUUUUCAGUGAAGGUGCUGCGCUUAGUCAUUUAUGGUAGUUCAUUUGCGAAACUACAUCAAGAACUCCACUCAGUAUUUCAUUCAAUAUCCAGACACGUGCACCUCGAAGUCGGUCUUUAAAAACUCGGCUACGCCUUGUUUUUCAACCCACUUCUCAGUGUUUGGAUAUCGGAUGAAACCAUGCCUGUCGUUUUUUAUAUAUUAGUUUUCAAACUCGUUAAUUAUACAUGAUCAUGUAGUCAAAAGCCAAUAAAUGACAACCAUUUGGGUCAGGUGGAUGAAUCUUGAUAUCUCCUCAUUUUCAUCUGUGGUGAAACAUGUUUUUCAUCUCAGAUCAAACUAUACCGAUCAAACACUUGCAUUUUAAUGGUGUUUUAUUGAUUAACGCAACUGAUGGAAACAAUGAAAAUACCAGUGAAACAAUUCACUGCAUAAAUUCUUAUUGUUUCAUUUGCAAAGACAUCAUGGCCUCGUGCUUUCAUCUGUUUCGCGGUGUUUGGAGCCCAUUAUGAAACACUCUCCCUCGUUUUUUACAUAUUACACUAAAAUCUCCAUAGUGUCUUAUUUAAUGUAGGUUCAGCAGGUAAUGGAUCAUUUUAAAACAAUAGGUUUCGGUACUGUCACCGUUCUGUGUCUUAGACUCCUUAUUACAAGGUGUAGCAAACUCACUUAUUGAAGUCUAAAGUGAUUAUUAUAAACUCGGCUCCUCAAAAUAUCAUGAUUUUUCAUUGUCUAUUUAUUAUUUGCCCUUGCUGAAUAAUGAUCUACUCAUCACCACCUUUUACUGACAAAUCACUAUAUUUUGCCCUCCAUCGUAAUUUAUGUUUUCAGGACGGCUUAAUAGACUUGAUCUUCAGCUAUGAGUGUGUUAAUGCACCAACAAUUCUCGAGUUGAGAUCGACACCCAUGGCUGGAGACAUUGUCAAUGACCGUGGCGAUCAGUGUAUGAAGCAAUAGAGCUUCUCCAUGCUCUCUUCCAUAGGCUACAUCUGAUAUUCACAAGUGUAGUUAAUAUUAAAGUUCCUUCACCAAAUGAUUCGUACCUUAAUUUAUUAGACUAUUAAUUGACGUUUGUUCACCAUAAUGUAUCUCAGUAUACUCUGUAGUUUUUGUUAAUGUUACUUUUUUUAUGCAAUGGUUAGGAUCCAAGAUGUCAGAAUCUUCACAGGAUGGCAGCUGUGAUGACAUCACAGCCCAGGUUAUAACUGGAGUCCCAUCUAAAGAUGAUACAAGCAACCUUCAAGGGGACCCUCCUGAGCUUAAUAAAGGUCUUCCAUCCUUCGCUGAUAUUAAGGCAAUAACCAAACCUUCAAAAGAUGCUGAUCUGCCUGUUGACAUUCUGUUACUUACAGUUACUAACUGUGAGUUCUUGGCUUGUUAUAGUGAGCUAAAAAAACCCUAUAAAUGUUGGUUUGAUGGUCUUGGCUAUGUUUACUUUUCUGAUGUGGGUGAAAGUCAAGAGGAGUUGAAAGUUGCUUUACUAAGAUGUUACAGAAAUGGUAUUGGUCCUGGUGGUGCUCUUGUGUCUGUAAAGAAUGCUGCUUCUGUGCUUAGACCCAAAGCAGUUAUUUCUGUGGGCACAUGUAGGGGCAUCAACCCUGCAAAAUCCAACUUAGGAGAUGUCGUCGUAUCUGCCAAAUUAGCAACAUAUGCAUCAAAGGUUGCAGUGACCAACAAUCAAGAGCAGUCAACUGGUAUGAGAAGUUCUGUGAGCAAACGCUUUCUGGAUGUUAUUAAGAAUUGCGCUGAUGGGUGGCAAGCUCCUUUGGAGAACCCUGAAGCACAGCGAGUUCAAGUUUAUACUGAUGCUGAGUUUCUGAGUGGACCAGAACAAGUCAGAGCUGAGUGGCGGCGUGAUCAACUUGCUGAAACCAGUCCUCAGGCAAUGGCAAUAGAAAAUGAAGGUGAAUUCACUUUGUAUUCAGCCAGCAUUAGCAAGGAUACAGAAAAAACCCGCAACUAAGAACCUGCUUUUUCCCAAGUUAGCCUAAAUAGGUUCUUACAUAAAUGGUAAUUAUAGGGACAAAUUUAGGCUAUUUAGGUUCUUAAAUAGGUUCUUAUUUUCUGAAGGAAAAAUAAAUAUUGUAGGUAAGAGUAUUUAGUAGUGUUCAGCCUAUUCUUUGCAGAAAAUCUGCAUACCAAUACAUCCCAGUUAGGGUGAUAAGGUACUUAUGUCUCCAAAGGGGAUCCUGAAUGUUGACCUGUCCUAUUUGUCGAAAUGUACAAAAAAUUUUUUACAAAAAUUUUGAAAAUAGGAACCCCUUUUAAACUAUGCUAAACAGGUUCUUGUAUAGAGGGGGCCUAUAAAGUGGCAAAUUUUAGCCUAACAGGUUCUCAAAAACCAGGUUCUUAGUCGCGGGUUUUUACUGUAUGUAGUCAGGCCUCUUUUAAAGCUCUGUAGAUUUGUAUGUUGCUUUUAAUUCAGUGUUUAUUUUAAGGCAUUGUUCAAUUGUCUGCUUGUUUGAUUUUAAUAAUAAUAUUUACUGUAAAGAUGUUCGUGCUAUCAAUGUAUGGGUCUUCAUUGUCAGUUGUUAGAGCUUUUUUGUCAUGCUGAUACAGAGGCCAUGGGUUCAAAUUCCCUCUUAUCCCUCCCUAGCUCCCUUUUUUUUUCAGAUUAAUUUGCAUUUGCUUAGAUUGCUGUUGUAAUGACAGUGAUAAUAUCUGCAAAUUAAACCGAUUAAUGAAACAUACAUGUAGGUGUGGGGAAGGUGCCUGGUGAAACAGAAGGGAGCCCUAAGCAAACCUAGAAGGUAACCAUGACAACCCUGUGAGUGGCACCCUUCAGGUACCAUCACACGGAAACCGUCAGUGGGGAAAUGCUCAUACAAAUACUUACCAAAAAAAAUCCAAAGGGAAGGGAAGGCUGGGAGCAAAAACUGAGCUACAUGUAAAGCUACUGCAUGCGAAAGCAUCAUGAGCAAAAUGAUUGACUUCAGGGAAAGUACAGUAAAAUAUGCUAAAGCCCAAGACCACCCCAUAUAUAAUUAGUAAUGGCGACUGCUAGCCAGCAUUGUGUCGUGUUUAGCCUCGCCUCAAUUACAUUUAGCCACAUUUAAACCCAUUGACAAUAGGUGGGUGUGGGGAAGGUGCAUGGUGAAAUGGAAGGGAGGGCAAUUAAGUGAGCCUUGGAGGUAUCAGUGUAUUUAUGACAACCCUGGGAGUGGCGCCCACCCAAACCAGUCUACAGAUGCUUGAAGAAAAAAACAGGGGCCACAAACAGUGAGUCACAGGACCUGGUUUCCCCGAGGGCGUUAAGCACCAACCCCAAACUCGCUCGCAAUAAAAGCUGAAGAAAAGCAAUUCACCAAGAAGAUGAAGAUGAAGAUGAAUGGAGGUCCUAAUACCUGCCUGAAGCAUGUCCGCCAGAGCAAUUAAGGUGCAAGCUGUCCACAACCGCAAUCCAAACGAACACAACUGGGAAGGAGGCUGUACAUAUUUCCACAGUUCACACCUUCCUCAUUUUUCAUCCAUCUUCCAACUCCAGUUAGCUUUUAAAUAUUUUGCAUUUUUAUGGAAAGUUUGACUUGCAAUAUAAUGUAAACUACUGGAUAUCGACGUAGGACUGUCUUCAGCUUAAGUGCCAUUUUCGUUGUUGUUCUAUAGGAGUGUUUACAGCAGCAUUUGACUGUCAAAUUGAGUGGUUAAUUGUGAAAGGGAUAGCUGAUUACGCAGAUGGUUCUCAGUUGCCUUCAGAGAGUUGGUCUUCCUGUGCCAGUGUGAUUGCAGCAUCUCUUGUUGCACACAUUUUGAGUGAGCCCUGUGUUUUUCAUUCAUGGCCUCAUUACCAAAGUAAAUAUUUCUCAUAAUGUUAUGUUUUUUUUGGUGUGUUGUUUUACAGAAACUAUUGGUGUGGUAGAAUGUACUUCCUUGAUGCCAUAGUAAGCUCUAUGGCAUUAAGCUCCCUUCUCAUUUUAACCCAAAAAGAGAUUGAAGUACAGUCAUGUAACUGAACAAAAAAGUUGUGGAUUUUGUGUGAAAUAGGGUUUAGAUUAGAAGCACCUUCUUAGGUUUAACAACCGCCACCAAGUGUUCUUAGCUGAUGAGUCUGUUUUUUCCAGCAGUCGUAUCGAGCUGACCACAUAGCUAUAUUUUUUGUUUUAAGUGUUAAAACUGCACUAGUCUUGAUAUUAUGCACUUUUAGUGAUGUUAUUAGUAGCAGUUAUUUCUAGUAGAUUUCUUGAAUGUAAGUGAGAGAGUGAGAGUAACUGAACAAAAAAAGUUGUGUAUUUUGUUGUGAAAUAAGGUAUAGGUUAGAAGAACUUUUUUAGGUUUAACAAUCACCACCAAGUGUUCUCUGACGAGUCUGUUUUUUUUUUUUUUUUUUUUUUUUUUUUUUCAGCAGUCGUAUUGAACUGACCACAUAGCUAUAUUUCUUUUUUAAGGGUGCUCUCGAUUGGGAAAUCUGGGUUUAGAUCUUAAAAUCCGUAUUUUGGAUUUGAGAUAUCUGUUUUUAGAUUUCCUUUGUACCGUUCGAUUGGGAAAUCCGAAAAAGGAUUUGACAAACUGUCGUUAAGAGCAGUGCACGUGCAUGCAUAAUUAGCAAAAAGAAGACCGCUGUUCAUGAGAAUAGUUUUGCAAAUCUUUUUUCGGAUUUCCCAAUCAAACAUUAAAAAGGAAACCCAUGAAAUCCAGAUUCAUCCUGAGGACGGAUUUCUCAGAGAUGGAAUCCGUUUUCGGAUUUCGCGUUUGAUUGCAAAAUCCGAAGUCCGGAUUUCAAAAUCUAAAUCCGGAUUUCUCAAUAAAACGCACCUGAAGUGUUAAAACUACACCUGUCUUGAUAUACACUUCUAGUGAGGUUAUAAAUAGCAGUUAUUUCUAGUAGAUUUCUUGAAUGUAAGUGAGAGAUCUCUUUUUGUUGAAGAUAUAUCAGAGCAGAGCUCAGCCAGCAGAUCAAAGGAACAGUUACCAAGUCCUUCAGGUACCAAUUUAUGGCUCCAGUCCACACGAAUCCAAAUAUUUUUUGAAACCACAUAUUUUUUUACAUGAAUAGGCCACGGAUGACUGAGCGGAUUCACUGGUUUAGUGUUUAGGGAGGGCUGUUUUGUGAUAAAGAAAAUGUUCAGUUUCAGAAAUAUCCAGAUUCGUGUGGACGGGGCGUUAAUGUUUAAUGCUACAUUGUACAUGUACAAUCCAACAUGUUACAAGUUUAGGAUACAUUUUCCGUUCAUUUUCCCUUCCUCUUGUUGUUUUUCUCCUGUUUUCUUAUUUCUUCCUCUUUUUUCUCUUGUUGUUGGUUAUACUUUUUUUGUUUGUUUUUUCUUGCCAAAUGUUUUUGGAACUGUCAUAUCAGGGAUGUCGUAUACAUUAGCUAAUAAUUGGGCAAUAUUAUUUUGUACUGGGGGGGGGGGGUGCACUUAUUUGAAGACGGGUGCUAUUCGAACGUUUACAGUGCAUGUGUUCCAUUUAAUUAAAAAAAGACCCUCUUCCCUCUCCACUAUUAAGUGCUCUUGUCUAAUUAGCUGCUAUUUGCGCUCUGUUCCUUAGCUUAUUUGUUAAAUUAGUAAGGUUUUCCCACCCUUAGCCUGAGCAACGGAUUUACAGUGCAAAACAACAACAAAAGAACACUGAACAGCACAGAUUCUAAAGCCAUGUUUAACGUCAUUGAACGGGUUAAAAUAAUCAUGACAUUUUAAUUUUUUAAUACUAAAUAAGAAGGGGAGGCUAGUAUAAUGUAAACUUACUGUAGUAUAAAAGUGUUGAAAUCUACAAUUAUCUCAAAAAUUGACCAAGAAGUCAGCCUCGCGACAGAAGGUUGUUUAAAAAACUGGUGGUGUAAGACUUGGUAAUAAGCUUAACGCACAAAGAAUCUUGCUCCAGUGUUAACCUGAGAUCAGGCUCUUUUUUUAUUUCACGCUUAGAUGUAAAUGGCCGUAAUAGAAAAACUACCACUAUCUGUGCUACCACAAAACUUGUACAAUUAACUUCCUACUGUUCAAUGCAUUAGAGAGGAUUUAAGUUUAAAGAGAUUUACUUUUUUUAUAAACAGAUGCUGCAACUGCUUUUUUGGAGUGGAGUCAAAAUCAGCUUUGCUCAUUUUACAACAGUACCGCGAGCCAGUUAAUGAUUACCCCUUGGGACCGAGAUAAUACCAUGGACAUUGAUGAGGUGUAUGUUCAGUUAACACUGCUAAGAGAUGACAGAAAACUUUCUGGAACAACAAAAGAAAGGCUUCAAGAUUACAGUGAGCUAUUCGCAAGCCAUGGUCAUCAUCUAAUUCCUAAGAGAAUUUUAGUGUAUGGGAGGCCAGGAAUAGGAAAGUCGACGUUGACAAAGAAACUCGCCGUUGACUGGUCACGAGGUAAUAAAGAAAUCCUAAACAAGUUUGCUGUUGUACUUUUAAUCAAGCUCCGUGAUGUUUACAACACGCAAGACUUCCGUGCCAUGCUACAAAAGGCGGAGCUGUUGUCGGCAGGUGACCCUAUGGUAUUUAGUCAGUUGUAUGAUUACAUUCUUCGUAACCAACAGAAAGUCCUACUUAUUUUAGACGGCUAUGAUGAAUACAGCGCCGAAAAAUCAUCGCCAGUUCAUCAGAUUUGGAAAGGCAGUCAGUUGAGAGAUUGCACUCUUCUUGUGACGACCCGACCUCGGAAAAAAGAUGAGUUAAGAUCAGGAAGUCAUGCUCAGUUUGAAAUUAAUGGGUUUGAUCGGUGGCAAGUUAAAACAUUUGCUCUUAAGUUUCUUCGCGACCAAACAGAAGUAAUAAAGUUCACAGAUUUCUUGGCUAAACGCGACCUGUGGGACUUGGCAGAAAUUCCUCUUUUGUUGUUGAUGCUGGUUCUAAGCUGGAAGGUUUCUGGUUAUCAAGGACUAUCUACAUCCCGCGCAGAUGUGUAUAACAGUUUUUGUCAGACGCUGCUUGAUCACGUGACCGCAAAAGCCUCAGAUGAGACAUUUAAAAGCAUGGAUGAAUACAGAGAAGAACUCGCAAAGUUAGGGAAACUUGCCUGGCAGGCACUUUUAAAUGACUGUCUUCACUUCAAGCUCAGCAAUGUGCCGAAGGACAUUCGGUUGUUCCUUGAUAAGUUUAUCGAUUUUGGCUUUCUGCAGACUUCUAAUCUUUCAAACUCUCCUCGUCCUGAGAAACUGGCGUUCUUUCUCCAUAAAUCGGUGCAAGAGUUCCUUGCCGCCUCGUUUUUAGUUCGUGGUUUAAAAAAUGCCAAGGAAUUUUUCAACUGUCUGUCUAAAGUCGACUCAUUUGAACGGUUCACGGAACUAUCUGAAGUUUUCAAAUUUGUUUCGGAGUUGUCAUCAGAAGCUACCGUUGCUGUUUUUAGCCACCUGAAGAUGAUAGGAGAAAAAGAAGGUCUGACUGAUUACAACUUUUGUGAAGACCCCUCUAUUGAGGGGCUCACUGACGAACAAAGACAGUUUUAUCGUUUUAGUCUCGAUCUUUUCCUUUCUUGCCCUGCUUCAGAUAGAAAAAAUGUCUAUCCUUCAUUUUUGCAAUGCGUUAAUGGUCUUUUAUUGAUAGUGGACAAACAACUGCCUAAAGUUUCCAGCGAACAUUGCCUGAGAUCAACAAAUUUCCAUAAGCCAGAUUAUGUAUUUUUUCAAGAAAGGUGUAUAUUCUCAGAAAGGGAUGAUCAAAUGUUGUCUGUCAUGUCCGAUUUGGACCCUGUUUUUGUUACAUGUUAUGGUGACGUAGAAUCUGCCAAUAGGUACCACUAUCUAAUGCCUAACAGCUUUUUCAUUAAGAAAGUCGGACAUCGAUUUGUGUGCUAUUUAACUCGCCUUCAAUACCUACCCACUGGACUGCUUACAUCAUUAAUAUCAGCACCAGAGUCCUCUCUUCAAGAGCCUGCUCACAAGUUACAGAAUCAUGAUGUUUGCAACUCUUUGCAGUUAACUGAGAAAACAUCUGACCAGACUCUGACACACUCUCUGUCAUAUUUGAGAGGGAUUGAAAUUGGGUGUGGAAUUGAUUGCCCAACAAGUGAACUUGGUGAAGUUGUCAUUUUACUGAAUAAUCUUCACCAUGUGCCUCGAUUAUCUACGCUUUAUUUAUGUUAUGUUGGUAUGGGGAAUCAAGAGUGCCAAAUACUUGCCACUGCUUUAAAGUAUGUUCUCAAGUUACGCUUACUGGAGUUUACUGGAAACCCACUCGGUCACGGGAUAAGUGAGCUUGCCAAACACCUGCACAGUGUACCUCAUCUGGAAGAGCUGUACCUGAAUUCUACACAGAUGGGUGAAGAGGAAGUUACAGCUUUAGCCCUUAGUUUAAAGAAUGUGACUCAGCUAAGUACACUUGACUUAUCAAACAACCCACUUGGUCACGGAGUAAGUGAGCUUGCCAAACAUCUGCACAGUGUACCUCAUAUGAAAUACCUGUGCCUGGAUGAUACACAGAUGGGUGAAGAGGAAGUCACAGCUUUAGCCCUUAGUUUAAAGAAUGUGACUCAGCUAAGUAAACUUGUCUUAUCAAACAACCCACUUGGUCACGGAGUAAGUGAACUUGCCAAACAUCUGCACAGUGUACCUCAUCUAAAAGUGCUGGGCCUGCAUAAUACACAGAUAGGUGAAGAGGAAGUUACAGCUUUAGCCCUUAGUUUAAAGAAUGUGACUCAGCUGAGUGUACUUUACUUAUCAAACAACCCACUCGGUCAUGGAGUAAGUGAGCUUGCCAAACAUCUGCACAGUGUACCUCAUAUGAAAUACCUGUGCCUGGAUGAUACACAGAUGGGUGAAGAGGAAGUCACAGCUUUAGUCCAUGUACUCGUCUACGGACCAAAAUUGAAUUCCCUUUCGCUUUACAAAAAUCCACUGGGCCGCGGAGUGACUGAACUAAUCAAGUGCCUCAGAGGUCGUCCUCGGCUUCAUAAUCUCGGAGUCACUCAAGUUAAACUGACAAAGAAAGAAGCCACUGAGCUGUGUACUUUAGCAAAUGAAAGGGAAAUGUUGUUGAAGUCAGAUUAUCAUGUAAGUUGCUCUUUUGUUAUUUGCUUUGUUAGACGAAAAGGGACCGUUCUUCAAAGGGGCUGUGUCGCCAUUCUUAUCUGUGCUAAAUAAAAGACCCGUUAUUGUAAAAGAAAACUUGUCGAAUAAUUGGCAGUUUAAAAGAAGGGAUAAAUUCGGAUUGACAAGACACAAGGAUAUUCCCCACUACACCGAAUACAAAAAUUGCCAUCAACAAGAGUCGAAAAACUACACAACAUUUUGUCCACACGCCUUCAGAGCUAAAGGUGAUAGUAUGUGUCACGUGUACCCUGUGGAAGAUUACGUGAAGGGGCUCAAGGGUAAUUUAUUCAAAUUACCAUACUCGUAACAUGAUAUCAAGUUACUGGUCUCUUUUAGGAAUCAACUUUAGGCCGCAACCUUUUUACAAAUCAGCGGAAUAUUGAACUUUCAGUUAUUUGCUAGUUUUUAAGUCAUGUUUUGAAGGUGAGAUGCAAAGCUCAGAGCCUUGCAUCACGAGAAAAAAAAUGGACACUGGAAGGUAACUUUGUUAAAUCCAGGAACUUGCGUUUUAAAACAAAAAAACUCCUGUUGUUGAAGUGUCAUUUGUAAUCAUGAUUCCGACUUCUUGUUAUGUUCAUUUUUACUAAAGUAAAUUUAUCAUGUGACCUAGUUUGUCGAUAGUUUAUUGGAGCAUUUCGAAAACAGUUCUCGAAGCCUUUUGGACUUGACCAGCCUGAAGCAUUUUAACUUCCGAGUUCAGAAUUAAAUGGUCACCCGACGCGAAUCUCAGUUGCUCGUUUUUCAGGAUUUUUUUUCCUUUUUAUAUAUUUAUUCGACGGACAAUUUCGCCUCUUUAGCUUUUCAGAUAGCAAUACCUAUUCAGACGCCGAAAUUUCCAUCAUUUCUUUUACGUUUUGGUGGACUAGAAAUAACUUUGGUGUGAUUUUCUCCUUUGAUUACACGCUUUCCGCUUUGUUUACAUUUCACGUUCUUGUCGCUUACGGUGGCCCGAGUCGCUAUAUUCAAAAUUAUAUUUUUCGCAAACGUUUAAAUUCUCAGCGCUGAAAUUUCAGAUCUAGUUAAAAAAAAAUCACAGCUCUUUCAUGUAGUAUAAUCAUAUUUUAAAUUUGAGUCAUACCAGAAUCGACUUUUUGCGGUUAAAGUUGGGGUUAUUUCGACCGUCAAACAGCACACAAUCAAGGUGCAAGCAACAAAAGCCCAAAACUAUAUGACAAAAUUUAAUUUGCGAGACAUUUUUAUGCAGUCUUAUAGCUUUGGGUUACUGGUAAAUGCAUGUGCAACGUCAAGUCAAAAGGAGCUUUUGCCCGCUUGUACUGCUUCUUUGAAAACUGUUGAAAUUUGCAGCAAUUUCGCGAAUUAAGAAAAUUGAUUUUUAUCGAAUUUUCGAACUUUCCCAAAUUUCUCAAAAUGUAAAGCGCUUGAGGAUUUCGCGAUAUCAUUCCUUGAAAUAGUUCACCUAAAGGGUUGUUUGGGUGGUAUUAGCCAAAAUUCAAAUUUUUAGCACUGAGUUGAGAUUCGAUAUUUUGCGACAUUGGCUCUUAAGUUUCAACGAAUGUACGCUGUACUGUACAGUUUUUUAAACCAACAAUUGGCAUGUUCCAUAAAAAAUCGAGUAGAGCGCUUUACUGUAGAGCGGGAGGUCGCUGGUUUGAUUACCGUGACUUUACUAAUACUUAAAACAACUAAGCAGUGAAGGUACUGCCUUUCUCCUGCGUUGCUCCAAUAACGUAGAACUGUCGGUUCCGUCUCCAGUAGGAGACAUAAAAAUUGUGUCCUCAGUUAGUACAGUGGAACCUCGACAUAACGAAGGGCCAAGGGACUGGCAAAAUUUGUUCGCCAGGACGAGGUUUCGUUAUAUCGAGGUUCUUUUUCAUCUAUUUUGCUGUUACUGGGAUAAAGAAAAUCGUUCGUCAUACGGAGGACUUCGUUAUAUAGAGGUUCGUUAUAUCGAGGUUCCACUGUACUUCCAUGCAAAGUACAUUCACACUUUAAUUGAAGUAGGGUAAUGAAAUAAGGCGGACUGGCGAAGCUUUCGAUUCUUUCAUCGCAUUCCCUACUUUGCACAAAAAGCCUCUCUACUUUUUUUGACCCUUAGCAGCCUCUCAAUUCUUCCGCGGGGUGCGAGAAGAUCAGGACAAAACGUAACCUGCGAUCAGGCGAUCCUUCUUCCCUUUUGUUUUGGAGGCGAAAGGAAAAGGAAUUUCCCCCAAAAAGAAAACGCCUGAUCGCAGGUUAGACUAAACAAGGAAUUUCACUGUUUACGUAGUUUCCUCUCUAGGAGGACGAUUACACGUCUGCGUUUCGUUAAAGUAAUGACUUUUUUAAUCACGCUGAAGUUAGCAGGAAGUUAGAGACACCACUGUUUUCGCUAAACAAUCAUGGAUACCAUUUUCACGAUCACUAACGAACUAACUUUACGUUAUUUUUAAUCCGUUGCCGUUUGUCUUUUUCGUUAGACCGGGUAUGACCCAACUCGCCUACUUACAGAGGCAGAACUACAAGAAGAGGGAGUCACAUUUGAUGAAGAGUGAAAAAGGGAAC